GGUGGCGCCCGGUCUACCGCAGGGUCGCAUCACGGGCGCGGUCUGACUCGCGCGCACACAAGAACGAAGUGGUGCCUGUGGUGACGGUGCUGCACAGAUCGGACGGCGCACACUCGAGAGAUGCGCUCGGCUCUGGUCCUGUUGGCCGCCUGCGCGGUCGGCUCUCUGGCCCAGGUCCAGUACGCCGACUCAGAGGCCGACCCAGCGCCCAGCCGGCAGAACUUCCGCAGGCGCGGCCAGCAGGACUUCGAGGGUCAACAGCAGCAGCAGCAAGACUUCGGGGCGGCCCCUGCGCAGGAUUUCGGCGGCGGAUCCAGGCAGGACUCCGGUCGUCGCCCACAGAGCUUCCGUGGUGGGCCUCAGCAAGAUUUGGGAGGCUCGCUCCAGCAAGACUUCCGAGACAACCCUCGCCGGCGCAACGGCCGCCGUCCCAUCCGGGUAUUACGUCGCCGACCUCAGCAGGGCUCAGGAGCUCGGCGGAGUUUCCGCGGCCAGGCGGGACAGGACUACGACUCGGAGGCCCCGCCGAGGCGCACGCCGCAGGAGCUGCAGACGCUGCCGUCUCAGAACCGUCCUCGCUUCCAGUCGCGGGACAAUCAGCAGGGCGGCCAGGCAGGAUAUGACUCGCCGCGUGGCGGUCCGAGCGACUUCGGCACACAGAGAGGAGGAUCGGGAGACUUCGGCGCACAGCGGGGAGGAUCGGGAGACUUCGGCGCACAGCGAGGAGGAUCCGGAGGCUUCGGCGCACAGCGAGGAGGACCGAGAGACUUCGGAUCCCAGGAUGGCGGACAGGGCGGCUUCGCAUCCCAGGGUGGCGCGCCGGGUCCCUAUUCGGGUACUGAUCCCAAUCGCCAGGGGGCGUCCGGCGCCGCCAGCCCCGGCCGGUCCGGCAGCCGGUUCCAGCCCAUCCCACUCACGGAAGAAGACGGCGUCGGCGGUGGGUUCGGUGACAGUGGCGGGGAGGAGGAGGCUUCGCCUGACCGCUUGUCGACGCUGCUGGCCAAAUCCACAUUCAAAUGCAAAGCGGACGCGAACGGCUACUUCGCCGACGACUCGGUUGACUGCGCCGUCUUCCACUACUGCGCCGCCGGCGUCAAGCACUCGUGGGUCUGCCCAGAGGGCCAGAGCUUCCACCAGAUCAACCUGAUCUGCAUGCUGGAUGGCUCGGGUAACAUUUGCAAGCGCUCCAACGAGUUCCACUUCGUCAACGACUACCUGUACCAGCAGGUCAAUAAUGACUCGACCAACCCGCAGUACGCAGACCGUUACUUUCCGGACCAUUCUACGGUCGGCCUUGAGCCUGACCCGAGCAGCAUCGACCAGCAGCAGUUUGGGCAGCCGCAGGACGGAUUCCAGCAGGGCUUUGACCAGCAGCCGGGCCGACAGGCGCGUCGCAGUCAGCCAGCGCGAAGCCGGGACCAGCAGGCGCUGGGCCGAGACCCGCAGGCGCUGGGCCGAGACCCACAGGCGCGGGGGCGGGACCAGCAGGCGUUGGGCCAGUCCCAGCGCCGGUUCCCCCAGCAGGGGCGCGGCGGGCCCGGACAGGGUUUCGGUAGCCCGUUGGGCGCCGGAGGUGCCGGUGACCGGCUGAAGCAGCCGGCCUUCGCGCCUGCCUCGAGGGACGGCCCCCAGUCCGGCUUUAGACCCGGGUUCGGGGCCGAACCGGAGGACGGCUCGCACGCACCGUUCGGAUCACAGCCAGGUGGCCGCAGGCAGGGCGGCCCUCGACGAGGCUUCCGGCCCGCACAGGGAGGCCCUCCGUCCGGCUUUGGCGCUCAAGGAGGCUUUCCGCCUGGUCAUGAAGCCCAGGGAGGCUCUCCGUCCGGCUUCGGUACCCAAGGAGGCUCUCCGGCUGACCGUGGGGCCCAGGGAGGUCCUCCAGCUGGCUUCGGAAGACCCCAGGGUGGCCCACCUGCGGGAUCGGGGCGUCAGCGUAGACGCCAAGGCUCCAAUUCUCAGGGCGGCCCCCCUCAAGGCUUUAAGCCCCGGGAUAAAUCUCCUCAAGAUUUUGGAGGUCAGGGUGGACCCUCUAAGGGCUUUGCACCUCAGGGCGGGCCUCCUCAGGGCUUCGCAUCUCAAGGAGGGCCACCUCAGGGCUUCCGUCCCCAGGGAGGGCCUCCCCAGGGUUUCCGUCCGCAGGGAGGACCUCCCCGGGGUUUCCGUCCCCAGGGCGGACGUCAGCCCGGGUUGAGCUCGCAGCCUGGCUUCGGCGCCCCCGGUCAGCGGGGCUCGCAGGCGCCGGGCGGCCAGCGUAGCUUGUCGGAGGGUAGCGCACCACAGGCCUCCCAGCUGCGCGGUGCCGGCGGCAAGCAGUAUCAGGACGCGGCCCAGUUCCGACAGCCGCAGACGGCUAACAGCCCCCGGCCGCCCGUCCAGCGGUUCCCCUUCCCGGCGGGUCCACAGCUUCCCGGCCAGCCACAGCCCGGCCAGCAGCAGCGCGGCCAGCAGCAGCCCGGACAGCGUAACAGCCAUCAGGCUGGGCAGCAGCAGCGCGGACGGCAGGCCGGGAGGCAGCCCGGCCAGCAGCCUGGCGGUUCCUUCGACCCGAGCGCCUUCGGGCAGUCUGGCGGCAGUCCGCCGUAUGCCCCGGUUCCGGGCGAUUUCCGGGGACUAGGGGACUCGCAGGGACAACGCUUCGGCAACCCAUUCCCGCCGACGAACGUGCGACCCGACAUCCGGUUUAACGGUGCGCCGCCUCUGUUCUAGUGCCACUUCGAGUGGGUGGGGCGGGGCUGUCAGUGCGAGACUGCGGUCCCAUUCUCCCCGGCUGUCCCGGUCGGUCUCGGCAGAUCAGAGACGAGACGUCACGGACGGCCCCGAGAGCUGCGGAGACCGGGCUGGUGGUCUGCGUCUCCGUGACUGACACGGCUGGUCCCGCCCUUUGCCAAAAAUGCACCGUCGUUAUCUGUUCUGACAGUCGUGGAGACCAAACGGAUGGCAUGGCGUCUCCUCGGCCGCCACGGCUGAUCCCGAAUGUAAAGAUGACUAGACAGCCGCGGACGGCCCGCGCGGCUGCGGUGGCCUGAUCGACGGCACCAUAAAGCGUGAACAACCACCACGCGGCCCGGCGGUCGGACGUUUGGAGACGCGCACCACCAGCGACGGCUCACGAUCUUGUGACCCGUCACCGACCUGGGGUCACGGUCGGUCACGCGCGUGGUGGCGUGAGCGUGAGAGGCGCAACAUCCCCACGCACGGCACCUCACAGACGGGCAUCGGAUGCGGUGAAUGGGGCGUCGCGUGACGCGUCAGACGUUACGCACGCUGCGGGAGACAUGGCGCUGGCAUUCAGGUCGGCCAAAGUGUGCGGGAAGUAUGCAAAUGUCCGGUUCGAAAAACAGCGAUUGUAUCCUAUUUCGAGGUAAAAAAUUGUGUGAGCCUGACAGAGGCAAAGCGCAGUUUGUUUUGCUCUGGCGGCGCUAUUCUCCUCAUCUGUCCAGAUGAAGUUCCGAUCUAUAUGCGCUCUUGAGUAAGACAUGACUGUAUGCAUGCUAUUAAAAGCUGUAUAUUUCAAGCGUAUUUAUAUUUUGUUGAAUAUACGAU